CAUGAUUCCAAGGAGACAGCAACCCAGCCUGGAAAACAAGGACAAGAAAGCAAUGUGCUCAACAUUAGUCGAUCCUUCUAUUUGGAACCUCAGCCCCACGUGCCACUUUGUGACAGAGGGUCCUACUAAACCUGGGGGCCACCUGCAAUCAAUUUCGACAUCAACGGGGCUUCGCCCCCAACAGCCUUGUACCUCCAGGAACACCAACGGGCCUCGCUUGGAUUCGAACCUGGGAUUUGCAACUCCCAAACCUUCAUUGUCGCAGCAGCUUUACCGU